AUGUGCGGAAGAUUCGCAUUAAAUAGAGCAUUGACACAACUUCUUGCAAAUGUUAAUGCAAGACGCAUACAAGAGAAUGGGUUCCAGUUCAACCCAUCAAAUAAUAUUUCUCCUACAAAUCCAGCACCAAUUCUUGCAAAUCAAAUCAUUCAGCUUCUGAAAUGGGGCAUUCAGACUGGCUCUCAACCUCUAAUCAAUGCUAGAAGUGAAACAGUUGUUGAGAAAUUUAAUAAGGAUAUAAUGACAAGAAGAUGCGUCAUCCCUGCCGAUGGAUAUUUCGAGUGGAACAAGCAGAGCCAACCAUACUUCUUCCAUAAGAGAAAUAAUGAGUUAUUAUUCCUUGCAGGAUUUUACACACAACAUAACGAGUUUGUUAUAUUGACACGCGACUCAGUUAAUGAUAUCAAGAAAGUACAUCCAAGAAUGCCAAUCAUUCUUUCUCAAGAUGAGAUCGCAUUAUGGGAAUCUCCAAAAUUCGAGUAUUUCCUCAAAUGCAAUCCACCACAAAUUUACUUCUAUCCUGUUUCCAGAGAAGCUCUUCGCCCAGGUUAUACAGGAGCUGAUUGUGUUAAGCCAAUUAACGGAUCAAAGCAACAACUAACAAUGAUGGAUAUGUUCAAAUCUGUGAAAAAGGAUAAACCCGAUCUGAAGACUAUGCUUGUCAAGGCAUGA